CAUUCCCCAGUCGUUGUACAUCUCGCACACUGGGAUGUGAGGGCCAUGGCAGUAAUUAGUCUUCGUACGUCGGGCUUUCAGAUAGUUUCAGAGAGCGGAUCAUCAUGUCGAGAAUGGAAAAACCUGUCUACAUUUCAAAAAAGGAGAACUGCCCCGGUUCGCUGAGCUGAAAAUGGGAGCGAGUGCUUCAUUAUCGCUCUGUAGCGAUGUGUCUUCAGUGAGAAUCGUGAGGCCCAGCGCCAAGAUCAGUCCAGAGCCCUUCAUUCCCACCCUGGUUACGGAGCCUGAAGAGGCACCCAGGUGUGUGUUUGGUGUUGCUUUGGAAACACUGAGAGAGGAAGGGCAGAUGGCCUGCGGAAUACCCCUUGUGCUAAGAGACAUGGUGGAUUACCUGGAUAAGAAUGGAAUGCAGCACAGAGGUCUGUUCCGCCUGUGUGGGUCAGUGGUGCGAACCAGGCAGCUGAGGCAGCGGUGGGACAGUGGUGAGAGGGUUGACCUGGACCAUGAGGCAGAUGUCCCUACUGUAGCAUCUCUAUUAAAACUCUUCCUUCGGGAGCUCCCUGUUCCUGUCAUUCCUGAGCCUCAGCGCAAACAGCUGGUUCUGUGCAUAACAGGAUACACAGAUGAGGAGGAGAUGAACCAAAGUCUGAGAGAAAAACUAUCCCAAAUCCCUGAUGACAACCUCAAUAUUUUGUCUUACCUCAUCUGCUUUCUAUCCAGAGUGGCCACUCACAGCCAGUCAAACCACAUGCCUGUGGAAAAUCUGGCAACCAUCUUUGGACCUUGUAUGUUUCAUGUCGCAGAAGGACCCAGGAUGCUGGAGGAGCAAAGUGUAUGUAAUGCCCUGUUGCUCCAUCUCCUCAGGCAUGCAAAGGCUCUCCUUCCAGCCCCAGCCGAGGACUCAGUGGGCUCCUCAAUUGCCUCAACCCCACCUCCUCCUCCUGUCCUCUCUGCUCUUUCACACUUUGAGGUCCGACCCAGCAGCUGUUACUCAGACCACAGCAGCGUCCCCAGGUUUGGGGUGGAGAAUGCCGUGUCAUCAACCAGUCCUGCUAACCAGACAGUACGGCUGCAGACUCACCUCAAAAGUACUGACACACCGGUGCAGGGCUGUGAAAACAGCUUUGACGUCAGCACUGACAUUCAGAAGCUGAUUGCAGACCAGGAGGUUCUGGAGGAGAACAGUGAAAGUGUGGAGGCAGGCGGUGUGCUCGCCUGCCCCACUGACCCAGGGCCAGGGCAACAUCCACCGAACAGACCAUCUCAAAGCACACAGGGGGAGCUGCCAGAGAUGGAGUGUACCACCCUGGGAACCUUAUCACAGAUGGAGGUGUCCUCCAUAGCGAAGAAAGAAGACAUGUAUGAAGUAGACAUGGUCAAAGAUGGAAAGGUCCUUUCCUCAUCUCUCAGUGAUGACUGUUCUGCGGCUUCUGCAGACACAGGACACCUGUCAUCUAUUUCAGAGAAUGAAACACAGAGCAAUGCCCAAACACCGAAACAGCCCACAGAGAGCGUCUCUUUCACCUUCAAGACAGAAGACAAAACCACAGUGUCUGAAUGGAAGAGGGGAAAAGGAGGAGGAGGAGGAUGUAAUGGUUCUCCUGACAGGCAUCAUGAUUGCAGAGGGAGAAACACAAGAAAUGACAGCCCCUCUCUAAAGCUGCAAGCCCUGGAGGCUGACUUGGGACCUCCCUUAGCAUCAGGAGACCCCGAACCUCAGGAUAACUCACCUGCUCAGCAACAGCCUCUGUCUAAUGAAUCGCAAAGGCUGAAUUUGACCCACAGCCUGCCAUUAGCACCUCCUCAGGAACAGCAGACAGUCGACUCAUCACCGCCUGCACACACCCCGUCCCCACAGCUGUCAGAUUCCAGUCCUGUCCAUUCCACUUCCGCUUAUUUAGAGGAACUUUCUGGAGAGGAUACACUACCGAGCCCAUCAGGCCCUCACGCCAGCCCACUCCUUUCCCGUUUUACGAUGACUGACUGUCCAGUUCCCUCGCCACGUUGUCCCAACCUCAGCCACAGCCAACGCUACAAUCUAGACCCCGACACAGCUCCAUCUCCACCCUACUCACAGCACAUACGCAUGGCUCGCUGCAGCGUCCAUACAGAGCGAGACGAGGGCACCGUGUCCAUCUCAGCUCUCAACAGGCACAUCCACACGCUGAGGAAGAGGAUCAGGCAUUUUGAGGAGUGUUUUGAACAGGAGAAGCAUUAUAAGCCAGCACACAAUGACAAGACAGCACAUCCAGAGGUGGCCAGACUGAUGAAGGAGCUCAUCAGGUGUCGCAAGCAGCUUAAAGAACUGAAGCUAAGACAGUCAGAAGAACCUAAAGCUGAAACAUGCAGGGGCAAUACAGACCAACAGGAGGUAGUACCGACAGGAACUGAGCUCCAGCAGCUGAACAACAACAGCAACACCAAGCCAAACGUAGAGGAAACAGUGAACAUUAUAACAAACAGGCUGAAGGAAAGACGGCAAGAGCUGGGCCUGCCCGACAGCAUUAAGGAGAUGUCCCCUUUCCAGAUGAGUAUGGAGAAGACCAGCAUGCAGAAGUGUUUGUUGUACUUCGAGAGUCUUCACGGACGGCCGAGCACCAAGCAGGAGCGAACUUUGAUGAAACCUUUCUACGAUCGCUACCGUCUUCUCAAACAGCUGAUUUCUUCCUCAGCCACAGCAAACAUUACAACCAUUGAGGAAGAGGAGGGCUCUGAUGAAGAGCAUCCCAAACAUAGAAGCCCCAGGCAGCAGCCGCUGUGGUUAAAACCCUCCAUGUGUGUGUCCUUAGAGGAGUUGCAGUGUCCGCCCUCCCUAGAAAUGUCUGAAUCACCUCUGGUAUCUCCGCUGGAAGAGGUGAAGGUUCUCCACCCGCAGAUUAUCACUAUGGCAACACUACAUGAAGCUUCCAGACCAGAAUUACUCGAUCACCUCAGGCUGACUCGAUCAGAAAAGCGGAGGGUUCACCAAGCGCUUCGAGAGUUUGAGGACCAAUUCUAUGCACAGACUGGCAGGGCAUGUCAGAAGGAGGACCGUGGACCAAUGGCGGAGGAGUACUGCCAGUAUAAGAACCUUAAAGCGAAGCUCCGUCUACUGGAGGCCCUGCUUAGUAAACAACAGAACUCAACCAAGACAAGUUGA